GCGGCUGGGUUGGCAACGGAUCCGGCGGUGAACCAUUUUUAAGAACGACGUGCGUUGGGCCGCAGUACUCAUUUCAUUGCUGUCCAUCGUCUGAACUGUACCGUGUGCAAGUGUCAACCUACGUGUGGCUACGAAUUGUUGUUCGAGAGAUUGUCGGUGCGAUUUCCAGCGCAUCGAUAUUUACCUCCUGCCCGGCAGCGAGAAGCGCAAGUCUGUUCUGCCAAUACCGAAGGGCACCGAAGCCCAGCGGUGACGUUUGACUGCACUUCGUACACACCUGAACCAGUGCCCGUAUCCGUGCCACGUUUUUUCGUGUAGUGUGCGUACGACGCAACCAGCCCGCGCGUGUGCUCGUGCUUUCCAGUGGAGCGUUUUCCACUGCAUAUCCACCAAGGGCCCAAAGGUAUCCCAUUCAGAACGCCACAACUAAUCACUGCCUCAAAGAAGAAGCACAGAGGCGAGCCACGAGUACCGCGUGUUGUGCGACGUUGUGCUGAAGCAGCAGGCUGGUUGAUAAAUCAGCACACGAUAGCAGAUUGACCGAAUUGAUUGACCCUACCAUCAACACCCGCCACGCAAGCGAGCGGAUCGAAAACAUGGCAUCCAAUCAUCGAAACUGUCCCAUGAACGGCCAUCGGUCAGUGAACCAGCCCCGCACCGAAACGGACGAGGACCCGAUGGCAAACUUCAUUCGACCCGAUCAACCUUCCCGCUGUACCUGGGCGCUGGGCACCGAAGUGGCCAGCCCACACCACCACGAACCACUCGCCCCGAAACCUUCGGUUCUCCCGUCAAUUCUGGAAGCGGUCGGAGGCACGCCGCUGGUGAAGCUGAACAAAAUUCCACAGUCGUACGGCCUCAAGUGCAACGUUUAUGUGAAAUGUGAGUUUCUCAACCCGGGCGGUUCGGUGAAGGACCGUAUCGGCGUACGCAUGGUGCUGGAAGCGGAGCGGCAGGGUUUGCUGAAGCCGGGCUGCACCAUUAUCGAGCCGACGUCCGGCAACACCGGUAUCGGGCUGGCGAUGGCGGCAGCCGCCCGUGGCUACCGCUGCCUGAUCGUGAUGCCGGAGAAGAUGUCCAACGAGAAGGUGGACACGCUGAAGGCGCUCGGUGCCGAGGUCAUCCGUACGCCGACGGAGGCGGCCUUCGACUCGCCGGAGGGUCUGAUAGCCGUGUCGCAGCGGCUGCAACGCUCCAUCCCGGACUCGGUCAUCCUCGACCAGUAUCGCAACGCGGGCAACCCGCUGGCGCACUACGACGGCACGGGGGCCGAAAUCGUGCAGCAGCUGGACGGGCGGGUGGACAUGGUGGUGAUCGGCACCGGAACCGGUGGCACCAUGACCGGCAUCGGGCGCAAGAUAAAGGAGGCCUGCCCGUCCUGCCAGGUGAUUGCCGCCGACCCGGAGGGCUCCAUUCUGGCCGAACCGGAGGAGCUGAACCGUUCGGAAGUGAGCUUCUACGAGGUCGAGGGUGUAGGCUAUGACUUUUUGCCGACCGUGCUUGACCGGUCCGUUGUUGACCGGUGGUACAAGUUCAACGAUCGCGCCGCACUGCCCCUAGCACGACGGCUCAUUCGCGACGAGGGGCUGCUGUGCGGUGGAAGCAGUGGUGGCAACCUGUACGUCGCACUCGAGGCGGCCAAAACGCUGACCGAGGGUCAGAACUGUGUCGUCAUCCUCCCGGACAACAUCCGCAACUACCUGACGAAGUUCGUCUCGGACAACUGGAUGGAGGCACGCAAGUUCAAGGAGUCGGAAAACUGCUACGAUCAAAAGUGGUGGAACAAUCAGUUACACUCAGUACCGAUCGACGCACCGGUAACAGUGCGCGUCGAUGCGAACUUGGAGGAUGCCAUCGCCUUGAUGAAACAGAACCAUCGCGACCAGCUGCCUGUUGUGGACGAAGAAGGGACCAUCAAGGGCGUUGUGCACCUACCGAACCUAAUGUCCAAGGUGUUGAACCGCCAGGCGAAACCAACCGACCCGGUUACGCGUGCCAUUUACAAGCAGUUCGUCAAAGUCGACCAAAACGACAACGUCGGGCGCGCGUCCCGUAUUCUCGAGAAGGACAGCUUCGUCCUGAUCACCAAUCAAGAGCAAUCUGCCACGGAUGCUUCGAGUAAGGAGGUACUGGUUGGGGUACUGACGCAGCGGGCACUAUUCGAAUACAUCUCCGCACAGCAGCAGCAGCAGGUGGCGGCCACGAAUGGCAAUGGAAACGCCGAAUGACAACGUGCACCAUCGACUUGGUACAACUAGUUGUACACUAUCCUUCAAGACGAACAAUUGAUUCGCAACUAACGACAUAGUUGAAGUUCCUCGGUAUCGGUAGCACUCAAGGAUUUCAACUCAAAGCCCACCCCAUAUUUUAGUAAUUUUUUACCCACUUGACAAACAAAAUAAAGGACCUUUGAGACAAAAGACA